UCACAGAGCUACUAGCAACAGAUUGUGCUUUUAUUUCUCCUCUUAGGAAAUGGAUGAAAGAUUUAAGUUCUGACACAAACAGGAAAACACACUCUGAGCAUUUAUCCUGAAGGGAUCAACUCUUUAAAUAGCUACUGAGUAGUGUGACUCUGUUUCUCACAAGGGCCAGAAACUCCACUGCUCUUUGUUUCUCUAGUCCUUGUAUGACUAGAGGCAUAAAGCUUUAUCCUAUCACAGUGUGUUCAGAUAGCUUUCAGAGUAUGCAUGUUUGUGACUGUAGUCUGGGAAAGGAUUUACUGCAACUGGAGGCAUGAAGAAAGUUGGAUUCAAAUAUAUUUUGCUCUGUUCCUUUAAGGAUAUCAUCAGUGAGACUUUAUUUGGCUCCAAGAAAAUCCCUCCCUCAGUGCCGAAGAAUUAACAGGAUGCUUUCCAAUGAGUCCUUACGUCCUCCCAUGUUCAGCCGUUCAAAUUCCCAGGCCUCCGUGGAUAGCACCUCAAUGGAGGAUUUCUGGUGUGAAGUGGAAAGUAUCAAAGAAAACAGUGAACAAGGACAAGAAGAACAAACACUAUUAGAAGUCAAACCAGCUGAUGAGGGAGAACUUGAAGCUGAAUGGCUGCAAGAUGUGGGCCUAUCUACGUUGAUUUCGGGGGCUGAAGAAGAGGAUGGGCAAGCCCUGCUGUCCACACUGACCCGCACACAAGCUGCUGCAGUACAAAGAAGGUACAACACCUACACUCAGACUAUGAGGAAGAAGAACAAACACACUGUCAGGGAUGUGCGAGACAUCUUUGGAGUUAAUGACUCUUCUCCCACGUUUGAGACAGUGCCAGGGUCACCAGUUCCUUCUAAUGGUAUCCAGCUUCCAGGGCAGAAGCCAGUUUGGAAAUCAGUGAGUUCUAAUAGCUGUCUAGACUGUGGACUAGAUAAAGACAGCCCAUCAGUAACAGAAGAGCUAUCCUAUGAGGUUUCUUUCUCAGAAUCCAUCACAGUGGUCCCAAAAAACAGAGAACGGCAUAACAACCAGAGAUUCAAAAAGGAUGAUUCUGCUUUGCCUAAAUUUAUUGUUCGAAAAAGCCAAUUUGGCCUGACAGAGGUUGGAGACCUAUCUCUUGAAGACAUGAAGAAAAUUCGCAAUCUCUCUCUGAUUGAAUUAACAGCCUUCUAUGAUGCUUUGGGAAUAGAACUAAAGAGAAACCGAACAGAAAGAAUCAAAGGACGAGAAAAUGGCCUUUUUGGAGUCCCUCUCGCAAUAUUGUUGGAAAACGAUCAAAAGAAGGUUCCCGGAAUAAAAGUUCCUCUCAUCUUUCAAAAACUGUUGCUCAAGCUUGAGGAAACGGGUUUAGAAACGGAAGGAAUUCUUCGAGUUCCUGGAUCUGCCUCAAGAGUUAAGAAUCUCCGUCAAGAAAUUGAAAUAAAAUUUAAUGAAGACACAUUUGACUGGGACCAAGUACGAAACAAUGAUGCAGCAGGACUGUUGAAGAUGUUUAUAAGAGAACUCCCAAGUCCCCUUUUCACUGUAGAAUAUCUGCCUGCCUUCAUCACACUAGUGGAAAAAGUCUCCAAGGUCAAGUUACAGUUACAAGCUUUGCAUCUGUUGAUCAUGUUGUUACCUGAUGCCAACAGGGAUACAGCCAAGGCCUUUCUGCAGUUCCUGAAGAAGAUAGUUGCUAAUGAAGGGAAAAACAAAAUGAACUUAUGGAAUGUUUCCAUGAUUGUUGCACCAAACGUCUUCAUCUACAAAGGCAAACAUGCAAACCAAGAAGAGAUGCAAGCAGCAGCCACUACAGCACACAUAGUGAGACUUUUAAUUAAGUACCAGGACAUCCUGUGGACAGUCCCGUCCUUCCUGAUUUCUCAAGUGCGAAAGAUGAAUGAGGCUACAAUAAACAACACCAAGAGACAGAUGAUGUUUGACAAGGGUGUGAGAAGAUUGCUGAGGAGAAAGACCAUGGAACGAGAGAGACCUGAAAGAUCAGAGACUCACAUACCCGAGGGGGUGAUAAGAGUUUAUGCUCCACUGCAUUCAAAAGUUUCUAUGGCAAUUCAACUGAACAGUCAAACAAAAGUCAGAGACAUCCUGGCUCGAUUUCACUGUGAAAACAGCCAUGCAUCGUCAAAGAACACGGAAGUCCAGAGCCAACGUUUAUAUGAAAUUGGAGGAAACAUAGGACUGCAUUGUUUGGACCCAGAUGCAUACAUGUUAGAUGUUUAUCGUGCAAAUCCUCAAGCAGAAUGGGUGAUAAAACCAAAAUCAAGUUGAAGCUUACAAAGAUAUCACACCUCAGUGAUUUGGAAAAAAGCCAAAAAGAUGGCAAUGAUGCCUUCCAGCUCAAGAAGACCUGGCCACAGAUGAAACCAAAGCAUUUGUUAUUUUAUAUAUAUUCCUCCCAAUGUACUUUACUAUUGAGCCUUUCCAUAUACCGAAUAGGUCAUGAGAGCUGUUACCCCAAUUUAUGGAACAUUAUACAAUGGUGACACUCACAUGGAUUAUAUUUGUGCCAGUUGUUCAAUAGACAUGAAGGAGGAAGGAACAGAGGUACUUAGACACAACCUGUGGAAUAGAGUAUUUUUUUUUCACUUCUUGACUUGAUGCUGAGAAAACACAUUUUUAUAAACAGAUAACACAAUGACAUCUGAGAAUGUAGUGAACGCUACCGACUGCAAGGUAAUGCAAAGGAAUCACAUGGUAUGCAAGAAGGGACAAUGAUCUAUUAAACAUGGACUAUGGGAGCUGGACUGACAGCAGUGCCAAAAUGUGUUUAAGUGAUAAACUCGAACCCUUCUGUCAAAAGCAAACCAGUUUAUAACGUAAAAUGUACAUUGUUACAAUAUUUGUGCCGCUGACUCACUCCUCAUUAGUAGCUGAUACUGAGGAGAAAGAACUACUGUGUAAAGACAAACGUACUGUUUAUGUAUGUUGUACUGUAUAUGUUACUACUAGCAGCCUUCUGAUACAUCUUUCUCCAGUGUUGACCAUGUACCAAUGUAUUUGUAGCACCACUGCCUCACAAAUUAAACAAUACGUCCUUCUCCCUCCUUCCCUAUUCUACACGCACAUGUAAAAGUGACGGGGCUCUGAGAGAGACACUAGUUUUUCCCUCCAGUUUUCACUGACAAGUCAGAGGUUUAAAAUGUUUUCUGCAUGAUUACCUUAAUAUGUGUGCUGAAU